AUGCCGGUAGAAGGAAGUAUUGAAGAAAGAAACGCUACUGCUAAUCAUGAUACUGAAGUACAAGACGUUUUGGACAAACCUGAGCAGUCAGCUCAAGAAGCGUAUUUAGCUGAAAUCAAACUGAGUACUUCCAUGAAAGCAAUGUCGCUGGACGACAAAUCAAAUGAAUUUUUAAAGCCAAGCCGGGAGGAAAGAUACGCAGCGCAAGUGGAAGCUGACUCUCGGUCAAUAUUUGUUGGCAAUAUUACCUCUGAGAUAACGCCAGAGAUAAUAGAAGAGCAUUUCAAAAACUGUGGUAACAUUAAAAGAAUAACACUACUGUACGAUAAAAAUACGGGAGCCCCGAAAGGAUAUGCGUAUGUGGAAUUUAACAGUAUAGAGGAACAGAGGAAAGCUCUAGAGUAUAAUGGCUCCAAUCUCAAGGAAACUGUAAUAACCGUUUACAAGAAGAGAACGAAUUUGCCUGGAUAUCGUCGGCGUUUUCAAUAUCGAAAUUCAAGUAUCUGCUACCAACAACAGUGGGGGCAUUCCCAAGACAACUACCAAGCUCAUGGAAUUGUUGAUAUUUAUCGUCAAUUCAAUUUUAAAGCCGACCACUCUCAGAGCUUCGAUCGUUAUAAUGGAGGCUACGGUCAAAGGCACAACCGUCGAGGUAACGGACGACAAGAUCACCGGUUGAAUCUCACAAAAUCUCGUACCUCAAAAGAGCCAACCGCUACUCCUCAGGUAAGUAGCAUCGAAAGUGAUGAUAAGAUUGCAGAUUCUUUGGCAAAUGAUGCUACUAAUACUACUCCAAAUUGA